CCAGAGGACGGCUGGAGAUCCGUCUGGGCCACAUGGAGAAAUCCAAAAACUUUCGCAUCGACGCCAUUCUGGCCGUGGAGCCUCCGAAAUCUCAGACUUCACCCCUGGCUCUGGUCACCUCACUGUCGAGUUCAUCAUCUUCCUCCACAUUAUCGUCAUCCUCGGGCAGGAGAAGCGUCCCGGGUUCGGAUCUUCUGAACUCUCCUUCAGCCAUGUUGGGACUCCAUCCUCCGAGCAGCGCUCUUUACCACCCGCACAUGUUCUCCUAUCCCCUGGGACAGCCGCCUGUACUCUCUUACCCCUACCCUCCUCUUCCUCACCACGAUGAGCCCCUCAAGCUGCCCCCUGGAUCCCUGCAGCUCGAUCACUGGCUGAGGAUCUCCACCGCGGGACUCGCUCUCCCCAAACUUCAGACUGACUUCAACCCUCAGGGACAUCAGUCCACACUGCUGGGGAAAUGUCGGAGGCCGAGAACCGCCUUCACCAGUCAGCAGCUCCUGGAGCUGGAGCAUCAGUUUAAACUCAAUAAAUAUCUGUCCAGACCCAAACGCUUCGAGGUGGCCACAAGCCUCAUGCUCACCGAAACCCAGGUAAAAAUCUGGUUUCAGAACAGACGCAUGAAGUGGAAGCGCAGCAAAAAAGCAAAAGAACAAGAAGCAGCCCAAGAAGCUGCUGAGAAACACAAAGGAGCCAAAGAGAAAGAGAAGAGCGACCAGCCUGAUUCAGCUAAAGGCAGCAACAGACUGAGAGACUUCAGGGACAGUGAUGAUGAGGACGAUGAAGCAGACUCAUACAUGUGUAAUUCCUCUGAGUUCUCCUCGGAGGACGAGAGAACCCACAUGAGCCCUCAACCCUGAGACCCGAAGCGUUCCAUAUCCAUCACAGAGCGCUCCCUUAGGGGAAAACCUGCAUGUGUGUUUUCCCGUACCGCAGUGUGUCGUCCUGCUUUCCAGGGACUGAUGCAAUAGAUACACGCCCAAGGAGACUGAGACAUGGACUGAAUCCUAACUCGCGCCUGUUCUGAACAUUUACUGCACUACGUAUGGUGUAGGUGUAGGAGCCAUUACUCUAUGUCGUUCUGUUUUUAAUCAUGUUAGGUGUACGCAUAUUGGAAAUACCCAUAAGAAAGUGUUUAGAAAGGCUCUUUAAAUUGAUGCUAUAUAAGAAAGAAAAAAAAAACCCUGUGUGGUAGAAAAGGCUAUGUUUGAAAUGCUUAAAAUGG